UUUUCAUUCCCAUGCCGGAAUAAAGCCAUAGAUCUGCGUUAUAUUUGUAUCUUGUAUUUUGAUUUUUGAAUUCACAAAUUGUCAAUUGGAAUAAUUGUUUUUUAUCAUGGCGGCUACAAAAUUCUAUAACUAUUUAAAAGUAGUGCAGAGUGCAACACCGUAUGCUAAGCGGGUUGAACAAUUGAGCUCAAGAAUAUUUGGUGAAGUGGCCCGUCCAAACACAUCUGCCAAAUCUAUGAGGAUUGUAGACAUGUUUAGUUCUCAACCCAUUGAACAAAGAGCAGAUAUAAAGAACUACUAUCCCCGACAUGUUGAAAUCCAUGUCUUGAUGAGGAAUCUACGGAAUUAUGGCUUAUUCAGAGAUGAACAUGAAGACUUCAAAGAGGAGAUCAAACGCCUUCGUGAGUUGCGAGGAAAAGGGAAACCCAAGAAAGGGGAAGGCAAACGUUCUAAAAAGUAAAUGAGUGAAAAUCCGGAUGUAGUCCAACAUUCUUAAUCAUAAGUUUUGUAAAAAUAAACUUUCAAAGCCAGU